UUAUUUGGAAUUUUAUUAAAUUUUAUUAAUGUGUAUGUAAAAAGGAACUUCUAAAAUAUUUGAAGCGUAAAGCUGUAAACAGUUCAUAUUAACAUUUUUCAAUGACUUAAUUAAUUGUAACAUAUGUGACUCUAAAUCUAUUUAAAUUUAUCUAUCUCUUCAUUUAUUUAUUGGUUUUUAGAUUUUAAUAGUAAAAAUGUUUGCUGUUGUUACAUUUCACGAUGACACUACAUCAGAAGUACCAAGUAAUUGGCUUAUCGAUUUUGAUGAGGACGGUUCAAGCUGUUGGUGGCCACCUUCCAAUACUAAAAAUUUAUCAACUUUAAUAUCAAAACGUAUUGAACCAGUUAAAUCAACCUGGCAAAGACUGAGUGUAAACUUAGGAAGAUUUUGUAACACACUUGAGAAAGCUCGGAAAAUAGCAGAGGAUUCUCAAUAUACAAGUGCAAAUGAAGAAGAGCUAGGAAGAGGACGACGUAAACGAUUUUCAAAAAAAUUAAGUCAACUGACAAAGAUUCUAGUUCAGAGAACGUUCAACCACAAAAUAAAAAUAAAUCAUCAGAGAAUAAAUUGCCUACUUUUCCGGAAGAAUCUGACAAUAAUAAAACGACAUCAGACGAAUCAAGCAAUAACAGCAGUGCUCCCCCAAAUAAUAAUAAUUAUGUUUCAAUAGGAAACAACAAUUUAAAAGUAAUUCGACAAAGUUCAACAUCAAAAAAUACUUCAGAUAUUGAAAUAAUUAUUAACAAUUUAGAUUGUACGUAAAAUAAAAUUAG